GCGGCCGGAUCGCCAGCUCCCGGCUAGAAGCUCCAGGAGGGCUUGGGAGCUGGAGCCGGAGUCAGAGCCAGAGGAAAAGAGCGUCGGCGCAUCCAGCCGGGUGCUUAAAGUCCAAGGAGAGUUGGUGCUGCUGGGGUCGGUCAUCCCCAUCCCCCCGCCCCGCUUCCCACCCAACUUCAUUCCCAGCCCCUUCAUCCCUCCCUUUCCCCCUCUCCUCCCCCAAUGCUGUGGCUUCGCUGACUCGUCCAGUGGAGGGAUGUGCUCCCGGCCGGGUUGCGCGCUCGCUGCCUCUCCCCUCAUGGGAUUGACUGCAUAUAGAGGCUGGAGUUGGAGCGCUUAGCUCCCGCGGAGCCGGGAGAAGAACGGAGGGGGAGCAAAAAUUAACACACAGACAUACAUAGAAAGACCCACAUAGUCCUUCCGCUGCACUUGCUGCUCGCCCUCCAGUCCCGCGAGGGGGCGGCUCCGGCCGGCGCCCAGACCAAGGGCUGGGAAUGAUGUUGAAUCCAUGCACCUUAGAGUCUGUAGGAUAUAGAUGGAGAAACUGGAGCAGAGCUUUGUUUCAGUAACUCAACUCCUUCACCUUCUCACAAUGACUGAGUAGUAGGACUGAAAGUAGAAGCUCAUCAUCUAACUGGACGAAGCUGUGCCAUCUUCAGGGACGUGUAAAGAGCUGGAUUGGAACCUCUAUAGAGCUUUAAAGUGACUGUUAUUUGUUGGAGGCCUGAGGAAAUCAUAUUAACCCCGAUGUCCUGAAACUCAUGUCCAAAGUUCAAAACUAUCAGAACUGCUAAGAUGCCUCAGGAACAGUAUACUCACAACAGGAACAACAUGCAGAGCUCUGAAGGACCGCAGGUAUACAAAGUAGGGAUUUAUGGCUGGCGGAAGAGAUGCCUCUAUUUCUUUGUUCUUCUCCUAAUGAUUUUAAUACUGGUGAACUUGGCUAUGACCAUCUGGAUUCUCAAGGUCAUGAACUUCACAAUUGAUGGAAUGGGAAACUUGAGAAUCACAGAAAAAGGUCUAAGGUUAGAAGGAGACUCAGAAUUCUUGCAACCUCUCUACGCCAAAGAAAUCCAGUCCAGACCAGGUAAUGCAUUGUACUUCAAAUCUGCCAGAAAUGUUACAGUGAACAUACUCAAUGACCAGACUAAAGUUCUUACUCAGCUUAUCACAGGUCCCAAAGCAGUAGAAGCUUAUGGCAAAAAAUUUGAGGUGAAAACCGUCUCUGGAAAAUUGUUGUUUUCUGCAGAUGACAAUGAAGUGGUGGUUGGAGCAGAAAGAUUAAGAGUCUUAGGAGCAGAAGGCACAGUGUUCCCUAAAUCUAUAGAAACACCCAAUGUGAGGGCAGAACCCUUCAAGGAACUAAGACUCGAGUCCCCUACCCGUUCCCUAGUGAUGGAAGCCCCUAGAGGAGUUGAAAUCAAUGCUGAAGCUGGCAAUAUGGAAGCCACAUGUAGGACAGAGCUCAGGCUGGAAUCCAAAGAUGGAGAGAUCCAGUUAGAUGCUGCCAAAAUCAAACUACCUAGACUGCCUCGAGGAUCUUAUUCCCCUACGGGAACCCGGCAAAAAGUAUUUGAGAUCUGUGUCUGUUCCAAUGGAAGACUCUUCCUGUCUCAGGCAGGAAGUGGUUCUACCUGUCAGAUCAACACCAGCGUCUGCCUCUGAGAAAGACUGAUUGUCAUGGACAGUAAAGGAUGGCACUGAGGCUGGUUUUUGGUCUCAAUGGACUCUUGCUGUGGACUUUUUUGACUAGAACCCGGAAAGCAUCUUGGAGACUUUUUUGGUGCGUGUGUGUGCGUUGUGAGUGUGCGUGAGGGUGGGGCUAUGAGACUUAUAUAUAUUGAUAGAUAUAAAUAAAUAUAUAUAUAUAUAAAUAAAUAGAUAGAUAGUAAUAGAAUCCUCUGUAUAAAAGAAGGUUUCAGUACAAAAGGAUCCAUGGGUGACCUCCAGUUACACAUUAUCAGUCUCCCACAUCUAAAUUCAACCUGUAUUGCAGACUGUCAGGAUGGCUAUCUCCAGACUCCUGAAACAUAAUAACAAUGCACAGUCUGCCAUACUGUGCUUUAGACUAGUAGAUCCCUUUACUAUCAUGAAAUCCCAUUGGCAUUAGCCAAAGAGGGACUCUUUUCAUGGUGAAGGGUGACAAGGCAGCCCUUCUUUCUUGUCAUGGUCCUGGGAGAUUUAGAACAUCAAUUUUGCACUUCAAGGUAGAACAGGGAUGGGAGUCAAGCAUAGGGGAAACUCGGAAGCCCAUGUCUCAUAUUUUUUUACCAUGUCAUGGGUUCUUAGUAAAAUGGGCUCAAGUUUUAGCCUAUUCUCCUUGUUCACAUAUAUCCAGUAUCUCAACAUGGUAUUCCUUACCAAGUAUGAUGAGUUAACUCCCUCAUCCAUGCUGCCGUGGACAAUUUAAAAGUUAGCUAUAUUGUAGAGGAAGUAGGGAACUGUCCUAAGUCAUGGGUUGAGAAACUCCAUUUCCCAGCUGGUGGAGUAUUUCUGCUUUGGGCACAUUAGCAGGAAGAUUUUCAGUUUGUUUCUAGAUUUCUCUAUCCUAGAGAAAGUAUUGUGAAGAUCACUCUAAGAAUGAAAUAAUUUUCUGUGGGGGAUAACAUAAAAUGCAGGUAUUGUGUACCAGGAAAGGAGGACAACAAAUCAUUAACCAUCUAAAGGUGUGUUUGUUUGUUUAAUGGUCUAGAUUUAGGAAGAAGAUAAAAUUGAUCCAUUUGGGCCACUUAGGAGCAGAUAUCACAGGAGAAGCUACUAAGAGAUGAAAUAUCACAAAGGUUAAAUUCGAUCAAAAGAGUUUGAUCUUUUUUUUUUUCUCAAGUGCUUCCUCAGGUUCUGUGUGUGGACUAGAUUUUUUUCCAGAGCAUUUUCUCACAAAGAUCCAGCUCAGAUCCACUCCAUUUAAGAUCCAAAGAGACAGAGGUUGGCAACAUACUUGAUCUUAUUACUGGGUAGGUCAAAUCCCUACCCUCAUUGGGUCAGUAUCCAAUGCAAUCUGCUUAUCAGAUGCAUAUGUCAUGCUGUUGGUGUCAAGAUGUUCCUUUCUAAGUCCUAUUGGACUUACUGAUUAUUGGGAAGGAGUUGGACAGGGGAUAUGGGAUAGAGAGAAGGGGACAGCUUUAAUAUUAGUAGUAGAAGUGUGAAAUCUCCCAGAGCCACUAGUGGCUGCCACACAUCCAGAAUCACUGUCACCACACAUGCCCAGCCAUCAGCUAAUUGAUUAUAUCUAUGGCCAUCUUCCCACCACUAUCAAUGUGAGGGGUCACCCUGGAUUGCGGUUGUACUGGGACAAGGGACCAUACUGUCUCUGUUCAAAGAGGGGCAAAUCUGUGCCUAUGCCUUAAAGUCAAUGCACUCAGCAAGGAGAAGCACAUCUCAUUUAUCCUGUCAUUUGAUGUCAUUUAUUAUUUUAGGUAAGGGGGCAGGGGAUGGAAGUGGGAAUGGCAGAAGUGGGGCAGGGAGGGUGGUAAAGAAUAAAAUCAAACUAGAGUGAGCCUGGGGAAGACAAGGUGAGAAAAUUAUGUCAUCCUGAAUGUGAAAUUAUGAUGGCCAGACCCCACCAUGAGGGUCCUCAUGUGGAAUUCUUGGGAAUCCCCCAAAUAAUCAAGUUUCCAGGGACUUUAUCUUCACCAAGAUUCAGAGCAUUCUUUACUCGUAAGCAGAGGAACCAUUCAAGGUAUAUUCCCUCUGAAAGAAAACUUAGUAUGUCUGCAAGAUGGCCAAGUUCCCAUUUGCAGGUACCUUCCUGCAUCCUUAGAAGUAAAAGAUAUGUGCCAAGAGAUAUGGUGUCCCCAUUGAGAGAAUGGAUAUCAUGUGGUAAGAAGCAUUAUCUGUGUUGCUUUUCAUCUUUAUUUUAAAUCUGGAGGGUCCACACCAUCAAAGGAGGAUUGGGUUUUUUCCAGGUUCCUUGGGAAGAGUCUUGGGAGGGAGGAAUCUCAUGAGGUCAUUUACCUGCUAUUGUGGUGUCAGCAAGGGGUAAAACAUGAAGAACCAGAGGCUGAAUAUGUAGUGAGUUUUCAUUGUGAGUGCUAGUGGACAACUAGAAAAGUGAACUUUUGACCAAAAAGAGUCUUUGAUCUAUUGUGGUUUGAGCUGUCUAAAGUGGAGAGUUAUUGUUAUUGAGUUGUUUCAGUCAUAUCCAACUCCAGAACCGAUUUGGGGUUUUCUUGUUAAAGAUACUGGAAUGAUUUGCCCUUUUUUUCUCUGACUCAUUUGACAGAUGAGGAAACUAAAGUAAACAGGAUUAAGUGAUUUUCCCAGGUCACAUAGCUAGUGCCCGAGGUCAGAUUUAAACUUACAGAAAGGAAUUUUCCUGACCCUGGACCCAGCACUCUCUUUACUGUGCAACUAGCUGCCCAGAGUAAAGAUUAUCAGAGCUAAAAAAGGCAUCCUUCAAGCCACUCUGAAAACUGCUACUUGUUAAUGGCAGGGCAGGGGUAUCUCUGUCCUUUCUAUAAUAGUAGUCAGUUCACGGGAAAAGUAGGCCUGGAACUGAGUGGCAAGAAGGACUAGGAUAUCUUUGGAGUAGGCACCUCUACAUAAUUAUUGGUAAGGAAGGUUGUCAAUUUUCCCUUUUCCACAUGUUAUUUGGUUCAAUCAGUAUAUUGUAUGGGGGCAGAUGUUCAAUGUUCAAUCCCAUACACAUUUGGUCAUCUACCAUUUGCAAGGCACUAUGCUAGAUACUGAGGAUACAAAGACAAAAAUGGAAAAACAUUCUCAUAAGUCAAACAGAUAGCCAGAGGUGAUAAACUCCUCUGAUGGAGGAGAGAGGGAAAGAAAGAGAAGUAAAUUCCUUCCUGUUUUCUCAGUCAUCUGUUUUCUCAUUAUGUGUUCUCUAUGUGUCAUGGAAACCAACUCUAAUCUUGAAGGAAUUCUGGGAAAAUAGAGAGAGAAAUAGAAAAACACUAGAAGUGGAGCAUGGAGGGAAAGGACGAGAAGGGGGAUGGAAAAGUUUAUAAAAGUAAUGAAAAUUAUAGGCAAUAGACAAAAAAGCCUAGUGUGUGGAAGUCGGGGUAGUAUUUUGGGGUUGUAGUUGGUCAAAAUGAAAGCUGAGAGUCAAAGGCUCUUGGUUCCAACCUGCCUAUUCUAUUUAUGGGCUAUGAGAAUUUGGAGAAGUAACUUGGUCUCAAUGGGCCUCAGUUUCUUCAUCUAUCCAAUGAUAGAGUUGGGUUGGUUGAUCUCUAAGGUUCCUUUCAGCUUAAAGUGUAUUAUCCUAUGAUUACCACCUUUGUAUUAUCAUACACAUGCAGCAAGUGUACUGGGUCUAGGUCAUCUUGAUCUUUUAAGUGAAUUAUGCCCUGAUUAUUCUUUUGCCCAACUUAUGGUAUUCCUAUUUUUUUUCCUGGGGAAGAAUGGUAUCAACCCAUAAAGAAGUGUCUUUAGAGUGGCAUGAAAAGAGAUGCUCAGAGAAAGUUGGAGGCAUCACUAGUAUAUAUUUUCUUGAAAGCCAAGAAAGCAGCCUGUCAUCUUCCUAGCACCUCUGGAAAAGUUACCCAGGACACAAAGGUCUUGAAAUUCUUGAGUUCUAUUCUCAUCUUCUUUUUCCUGCACCCCACAAUUCAAAGCAUAUCUUGGUGCCACUUCUUUCUUGAAGGCAAUGGACUUUACAUUUCAUGGCAAAAGAUAAGCAAGGAUUUUAUUUUGUUCAUUUCCUCUCAUUUAAAGAAAUUACAACUUGAUAUACUGGAGCAGCAACAGAGUGCUGCUGCUUUAUCUAUUGUGAGAAAAUAGCCUGUUCCAUGGUUAUGUGUGUCAAAUUGGGUCUUUAAAAUAUAUAUAUAUAUAUAUAUACAUAUAUAUAUAUAUAUAUAUUGACUGCAUUGAAGCAUUCCACUUCACAACUGCUACCCCAAUGGCUCAGUCUUCCAAUACUAAACAGAAUGUCUGAUCCUCCUACACCCGAGGAUAGUUUUUCAAAUAUAUACUCAAAAAUAGUUUUCACACCUCUACUCCCACCAUGAUAGGUUUUUUCUUUUCCAUGAAAAACAUUCAUUUUUCCUUUAACAGCAACUUGUAUGCUGGGAUAAGGCUGGAAGAACAUGAUUUCUCAUCCUCCUGACCAACAUCUUUCAGAUGCCUUUGAACUUAUCAACAUUACUCUUGAUGGUAGUUGCCAGAAUGAAGUAAAUAUCAAACUUCAAAUGGGAGGAAGGGGUAUUGGGGUACAUGGAAUAUAUCAUACAAGAGCAGAGAACCCAGUAAGAGUGUCACACUUUUCUUCUUCUUAACCCUAUGGAUCCUUCUCUGGUUGUAAAUUAUAGUUGGGUUGGCUUUUAAAUAUGCCUAAGAAUAAGAGAUAAAUUUACUGGUCUAUAGUUGGACAAAUUAAUUUAUUUUCUUGCUCACUUCAAAGACAAGCAUGUGUAGAAGGUGUGUAUGCACAUAGGAAUACUCAUUAUUUUCAUCUCUUUAUCUGAGUCCACAUUCCUUUUUAUAUUUUCUCCCCAGUCUUUCUUUUUAGAGAUCCCCAAGAGUUGCUUUUAAAGCAUUUAUAUUCCUGAAGAUAAAUAUCCCAACUGUAACCUGGGGAUGUAAGACCAUAGGGUUGGGUAGUGGGGUAGCUUUUGGUAGAGGAUGUUUCUGCUUAUCAUUUUUCUCUUUUAUAUUUUCUCUGUUUUGCUUCCUUUCCAACAAUAAUUCUUUCUUGUGUUGUUGUUUUUACCUUUGUUCUAUUCUAUUGAGCCUACACUAAUGAUCAGUCACAAAAGACUCAGAAGAAAAAGAAAAAAGUAUUCAUCAGUUCUUCUACCUUAUGACCUGUCAUCUUGCAUAUUUUGAGUGAUCUCUUCCUCCCUGUCUCAAUAGUUCCUCAAACAUUGAUUCAGCUUCCACGAUGUGGAAGACACCAUAGUAGGUAAUAGAUUUUGUUGUUUUGCCUUUCUGAUCUUCCCUUAGGUGUGGCACCAAAUGUUGUCUGUCCCAUCCUGAUCAUUGAUCAUAAGAAUCUGCUUGUUCUUCAGACAUCUAGGUGUUUUUCUCAAAAGAUCUGUUGUUAAAGAUAGUUAAUCUCAAAAGAUUUUUGCUCUUGGUCAUGCUCUCUAUACUGACCCUCACCCAGCACCCUCCAUCUUUACUGCUGUUGUUGCCUGUAUAAGGUAUUCUUUUAAAAUGUCAUGAGUUUGUGGAGAAUGUCUUCCCCCCAACUGGUGUUGAAUCUUUCUCUCGAGACCUAAGAUUAUUGUUGUUUUGUUUUUGGUUGGGGUUUUCCUUAGUGGGGGGCUGAAGGAGAGAAGAGCGAACAGGAGAAGGGAGCUGUGUUAGUAAAGCUCCCAGUAGCAUGCUCUACCAAAAGCUCCCUACUACUUAAUUCUGAGGAUAUAAAUCCCCAGGGUUGGCAUAGUAAAAGGAGAUAUUUUCUGUACUUAGCUGAAGAGAGAAAAACAAGGACGAUAGCAUUGGCAAAGCAGGAGAAGGAUGUUUUGAAGGACAUGAAUAGAAGUGAUGAACUCUUCCCGUAUCCUGUGGAUAUUGUAUGAAAAAAAACAAUAAUUGCCUCUCUCUGCUACACAUCCUUUUGCCAACUUUCUGUGAUAUGAGAUUAAAAAGAUAUUUGAUAUCUCUUCUUGGGAUUAGGAGAGGGUACCGUUGUGGGUGUAGUUGAAGAAGAUGGAGGGAAAACAUGAUGUUUGCAAUAUUCUAGAUUAAGAUUGAGACAUAGUUUUCUCUCUUCUUAGUCAUUAGGUAUGUCAGGUCCAUUACACUGAAAAGGAGCAAGAUAAGUUAGGAAUGGAUUGAUUAGGUCAUGGGAUCCUAAGUAGGAGAUGAAUAAGGUACAUGUACCCUAUGUGUGAGCCCUACUACCUGAGCUAUUGCUGAGGGUUGGCAAAGAAACAGAAGAUGAGAGCAAAAGAGAGCUAUGCCCUUCCCACACCAAGGCUGCAAAAAGGUAUCCUCACUGCUACCCUCAGAUUUGGGAAGGGGGUUGCUGAAAGAAGCCAUGACUGAUUCCAUUAGUUUCUUGAAUUUUUUUCUUUCAGCUACAGGCAAUCCAAAUGCUGUUUGUCUUCUGGAAAUAGUGGAAGGGAUAAUGUGUGAGAGAGAUUAACCUGUUAUACAUUUAAAAGAACAGUAAUUGAGCUUAUCUCAGUAGAAAAUCUACACUAUGCUCUUUGUCCUUUUGUGUGUCUUUGCCCACUUUUAUUAGACAAUGAGAAACAAGCUAGCCUUAGUUUGCCAACAUUAUUGAUGGAGAUGAAGAGGGGGGUUCUUCCUCCCACUAUCUCUCUCCAGAAAGUCAGCCAAUCCUCCCUUUUCCAAAAUUCUAACCAGUUCACCUCAACCUCUCCAUCCCACACAAGAUCCCAGGAGGAGCAAAAGCUAGCUUCAGAGAAAAAUGUAAUACAAUAAUAUAUAAUUUACCAUAUACGCGAACAUCCAUUCUCUCUGGCUUCCUCCACUUACAACUUCAUAGAACUUCUUUGUCUCCCUAGACUCUCCUUUGUGUUUGAAAGCACAUUUAUCAGAAAAAAAUUGUCACUGAAGAUGGGUCAGUAGAGACAGAGGUCUAUUUUUAUUUUAUACACACCCCUAGUAUCAUAAAUUGUAUUAAUUCCAUGAUUUUAUAUGUCAAGAUCUGUGUAUUAGACAAUAUUUGUGGUAAAUUACACACAUAUUCCCCUAUCAUAAAUGUGGCAAUGUUUCUCUCCCUUCUCAUCCAUGUAUCUGUCUCCAUGAUUAAUGACAUUUAUGUCAAUCAACUGAUUCUAAGCCAGAUCUAAUCCCACACAACACAUCUCUCACUCCUCCCUGUCCUGCCCCCAUGUAUUCUAAUGAUAUAGAAUCAUUAGUUAGAUAAAACUAUUUUAAAAUGUCUUUGGGAUUUAGACAUGGGGGCAGAGAAUAACAUGGAAAGAAAAUUGCAUGUACCAAAUGAAGGAAAUGCAUACCAAUUAAUUCUCUAGUGGGAGAAACAACAUAAAAAGGCAAAUGUAUUUUGUCAUUGUUUAAAUAACUCUUAGUGGAUGAACAUGUGUUUCUCUAGAACUAUUCACAUGUUUUGUCCAUUUUCCUCUCUCCAUCUUCACCCCUCCUAUUGCAAUCCAUAGGCAGACCAGAGUGAUGGACCAGAGAGCCUAUCUUCUAUUGCUUCUACACAAAGAGGAAAAAAAGGGAAAAAAUAAAUAGCAUACUCUGUGUGAAUUUAUGUGUUUUGGAGGAAGAAAUGGUCCAGCACAGGUGCCAUGUAGGGAGAGGAAAAAUACAUGUUUCUAUAGCUAAACCCAAAGGCAGAAAUAAGAGGGAGGGGACAUGGGCUAUAGCUAAGAUCUGUGUCUAUUCUUCAUAUUCCUAACUGACAAAGAAGAAUGUGUGUGUUGGGAUAAGGUGGGGAGGGAGGUCAGGGGUUGGAGUGGGUAGGGAUUUCAAAGGAUGGAGGGUAGAACCAAGAACUCUGUCUCUGGAGAAGAAAAAGCUGUACCUCUGCCUACCUACCUGCCAAAUUGUUCAGAGAAGAAGGUUUGUACCCUGCCUCCAGGCAGCACCUCAUAUUAAUCCCAUACUCACCUUCCACAAAUUCCAUAUUGCCAUGAACUUAUCCAUUACUGGUCUGACUGUGUUAACAUGCUGCCUCCUCCUCAUCCCCAUAGCCUUGGCUAGAAAUGGACUCUCCUUUUCAUUUGUUAAAGACAGACUUAGACAAAACUGGCCCCCUACAGACCCAUCAAACCAUUCAGACACACCCUAGAGACUCAAACACUCAGAUCCCUAAGCAUAGAAGGGCCUUUCCAAUUCUAGUUUUCUCCAAAUCCAUAUAGCACUCUAUCAUCUAGACGAGGAGCACCAAACCAUUCCUCUUUUGCCAACCUAGGAGAGAUUCCUUCUCAUUCCACCACCCUUUUGGGCCCUCUAUCACUGUGUGUGUGUUUGUGUGUGCACGCAUGCACACGUGCGUGUAUGUCCUGAAAAAAAUAAAACAAAUCAACCAUACAAAUUAAUGGUGUAUCCCUCACAGAGAUGACAUCUCAUCUUCUUCAUCAUCACCCUAAUCCUUGCACAUACUCUAUGCAAAUUUUUUAUAAGCAUUGCAAUAAAUGCUCUGAAAUGACAAGGAAUUAUUUUACCUUUCCUAUGACUACUACUACUCUCUCUUUCUGUAUACAGAAACUUUGUAUUCUUCAAAAGGAUGAAUUUCAACUGCAGUCUUGUACAAAAUUAUCUUAAUAAAAAAGUCAUGAUUGUUACAAAGGAAA